CUGUGUUGGUAAUUAGGAAUAGUAGAAAAAAUGCCCACAGCAGCAGCAGCAGCAGCAGUUGAUGAUGAUGAAUGUAGAAUUAGCAGCAAAGAAAUGGAGUGGGUGGUCCAAAUCAAGGAGAAAGUGGAGCAGAUGGCGGAUACAUCCAAGGAGAUGCAGCAGUGGAAGAAACGUUCGAUUUACAAAGUACCAGCCUGCGUCACUGAUCUCAACAAGAAGGCCUACAGACCUCAAUCAGUGUCGUUUGGACCGUAUCAUCAUGGAGAAGAGCGUUUGAAGCCCAUGGAGGAUCACAAGCAUAGGGCACUCCUUCACUUCCUCAAGCGAUCAAACAAGUCCAUACAUGAGUACGUUAAAGCACUGCAGAGCGUGGUGCAACAGCUGAAAGACUGUUAUGAUUCCCUCGCUUCCGACUGGCACCAAGAUACAAACAAAUUCUUGCAGCUGAUGCUUCUUGAUGGAUGUUUCAUGCUGGAGGUGCUACGUACUGAUCAAAUUGGGACCUCUGACGACGACGACGACGACGACUACCCUUCAAACGACCCCAUCUUCAGCCGUCACGGCACGCUCCAUUUCAUGCCUUACAUCAGGAGAGACAUGUUAAUGAUAGAAAACCAGCUACCUAUGUUGGUUCUCGAGAAGCUGCUCGCUGUUGAAACCGGAAAACCCAUUAAAGACGAGGUGCUUAACAGGAUGAUAAUCAAGUUUUGGGGCCCCAACACACCAGUUCCAAAGGGAAAGUGUCUGCACGUAUUGGACGCAUACAGGAAGAGCUUGCUUGAAGAUGAGUCCCAUAAAAAGAAACAAAAGAGAAAAUCAACAAGUGCGCACAGCAACGACUACGAAAGCACAGGCGAGAUCAUCCGAUCAGCAACCGAACUUUACGAGGCCGGAAUCCGAUUCAAGAAGAGCAAAACAGGGAGCCUAAGAGACAUCACUUUUCACGGUGGAGUACUAAAGCUCCCACUCAUCGUGGUAGACGAUGUGACGGAAUCCAUGUUUCUCAACCUCAUGGCCUUUGAGCGGCUUCAUGUAGGAGCAGGCAACGAAAUUACCUCCUACAUCUUCUUCAUGGACAACAUCAUCGACAACGCCAAGGACGUUAGUUUACUGCAUUCUAGUGGGAUCAUACAGAACGCUCUUGGAAGUGACAAGGGCGUCGCAAAGCUCUUCAACCAGCUCUCCAAGGACGUCACACUUGACCCUGAGAGUGGUCUCGACGUGGUACAUAAGAAAGUUCAUGACUACUGCAAGAAAAGGUGGAAUGAGUGGCGUGCCAAUCUCAUCCACACUUACUUCAGGAGCCCUUGGGCUAUUCUAUCCCUUAUUGCUGCCAUUGUCCUAAUGGCACUCACCAUCGCUCAGACCGUAUAUACCAUCUAUCCUUUCUACCAUGAUUCUAACAAUUGACCUUGCCCUUCUCCUUCUGUUAAUACAACUCUGUCACCACCACCUCCUCCUCCUCCUCCUCCGUCAUCCCAUCAUUGAUUUCAUUCCAAAUUAAACCAAUUUCUUUUGAGCACUACUCACCCGCACCUACUCAAUCAAUCGUUUUCGGUUUUUCUUCUUUUCUCUCCGUAAUCGUCUCGUUGAAGAAUUUGAUUUGCUCUAGCUAGCUAUCCGUUGUGAAUUGUGACGGUUUGGUUUUUUUGUUUUUUCUUGGGCUUCUUGUGACGACUUGGUUUGAUUGAUUAAGCAUUAAUUGUAUUUUUCUAUUUUGUUUCACUCUGCAGUUUCAUGUAUUAGAAUGAUGAUAGCCAUAGUAUCC